GUGAUUGAACGCAGACAUUGGGGAUUGAAUUCAAAGAGCCAAGUUUAGAUUGUAUGCCUAAUGUCUCAGGAAGCUACGAUCAUAGCAGUUGAUAAUAGUGAUUACAUGCGGAAUGGGGACUUCUUCCCAACACGUCUGCAGGCGCAAAAUGAUGCUGUUGGUUUGAUCUGCCAGAGCAAACGCCAACGCAAUCCAGAGAAUACCAUUGGUUUGUUGUCCCUUGCAAAUACCGAGGUACUCUGUACGCUAACAAAUGAUGUGAGUAAAAUAUACAAUCGUUUACACCUUGUGGAGCCAAAAGGCAGCAUCAUCUUCUGCUCAUCAAUAAGGAUAGCCCACCUCGCACUUCGUCAUCGUCAAUUGAGACAUCAGAAAAUGAGAAUCGUAUGUUUCAUCGGCAGUCCUAUAUUAGAGGAUGAAAAAGAACUAACUAGGCUUGCCAAGCGUCUCAAAAAAGAGAAAGUUAAUGUCGAUAUUAUUAAUUUUGGUGAGAAUGAAACAAAUGAGCAAAAGUUAUCAGAAUUCAUCGACACACUGAAUGGAAAGGAUGGUACAGGUUCUCACCUCAUAUCUGUUGCCCCGGGGACAGUCUUACAUGAUACUUUGAUGACAAGCCCCGUUGUUGCUGGUGAGGACGGUUCUGGGAUGGCUGGUGCUGGGUUAGGCUUGGAGUUUGGAUUAGAUGGGGCAGAGGAUCCUGAUCUACUCUAUGCCCUCAGAGUAUCAAUGGAAGACCAGCGCAUGCGUCAAGAACAUGAGGUUAAUGGAGAUGGUAGUCAUACUUCAGUCGUAGCAACAUCGUUACCAGCUGGGUCAGGAACAUCCGAAGAAGCUAUGCUUCAGCAGGCUUUAGCUAUGUCAAUGCAAAUGAAUAAUACCGAACCUUCAUCUUUGCCUAUGGAUAUCGAUCUGGCAGCUAUGUCAGAAGAAGAUCAGAUAGCAUACGCACUGCGUAUGUCUUUACAACAGAUGGGGGAGGAAACGACUCAACCUACUACCACUACAUUGGAGUCCAACCAGACUAUUGUUGAACCUUCUGGUGUGGCUAUGGAUAUAGAUCAGACUCCUACUAAAGUCAUUGAAAAUCCGAAAUUAUCUCCUAAUCCCGGUACAUUGGCAGCUGCAACAUCAGCUUUCAACUCGUCAACUGUCCCUACAUCUGCUGACUUGGACGUUAUGUACGAUGCUGAGUUUUUGGAAUCAGUUUUACAAAGUUUGCCAGGUGUGGAUACUCAGAAUGAAGAUGUUCGCAAGGCUAUAGAUGCUCUAACUAAGUCCCAGUCACAGAGAAGUUCAAAAAAAGAUGAAAAAGAAGAUGAGGAUAAGCAGAAUAGUUAAGGAACAGUGUAUUGAUUUUCAAAUUCGCGAUGAUUAAUUGUUUGGGUUCUUAUUUUUGACAGUGGUGAAUAUACACAUUCUUAGCUAAAGCUAUUGCGCAUCAUCCUUCUGUUUUAUUAUUUAGAGAGUAAAUAUUGUUCCGAAAACUGAUUUACAUUGUUCUUUUGUGUGAUUUACUUGUUUACAGACUUAAGCGUUUAUAGUGAUGCUUCUUUUUCGUUUUCGUCAGUCUGUAAUAUUUAUCAGUAAUCUGUUUGUAUAACACUCAAUACAUAUAUGACACAAUAACUA